AUGGAGAGCACUAGAGUUUUUGUUGGUGGUCUUCCACCAACAUGCUCCAAUGAUCAGCUUAAGAAGCAUUUUUCAACCCACUUCCCAGUCACAGAUGCUCAUGUCCUGCCCAAACGUAGGAUGGGGUUUGUCGGCUUCAAGAGUCAUGAAGCUGCCCAACAAGCUGUGAAACACUUCAACAGGACAUAUAUGAAGAUGUCAAAGAUCUCUGUAGACAUCGCUCGUCCGAUCGAUUCAAAUGCCGCUGAGGAUGCGCACCCCACACGGAGACGUGAUGCCACGAAUAAUGAUACAUCGUUGGAUAGCAACCUCAAGCGGAAAAGGGACGAAAAGUCACAAGAUCCCAAGCUGCAGGAGUACCUUUCUGUAAUGGGAGGUUCAUCAAAGACACGGACAUGGGCCAAUGAUGAUGAGAUCAUCAAGCCGUCUGCAGAUCCUGCACCUACUAUUAACCAACCUGCCCAGGAAGAGGACGAAGAAAUCCAGGAGUUACCUUCACACCCAAAGAAGGCAAGGACAGAAAAGCCUGCCGUGGUAGCAAAGCACGAAGAGCCCGAGCCCAUGGUGAUUGAUCACAGUGGAGAGGAAAAGAGUCAAGAAACACCAGAACAUCUACAAUCCCCAGAGCCUGUAGCGGAAGCCGCCCCUGUAUCUGAUGCGGAUUGGCUUCGUUCAAAGACGAGUCGUUUGUUGGGCCUUCUCGAUGACGAUGAGCAGGCUGAAUUUGAGCAACACAAAGCCGAUGCACCACCUGCUGCGCCGGCUAAAGUUGUCAAGGUUGUUUCCUCGCCCGGCGAUAAGUCGCCAGAGCGUGAUGAGGAAUUCCGCACCUUAGCCUUUGAAAAGAGUGUUGCGCCCAACACGACUGACGAUGACAGCAACACCGAACCAGCACCAGAAGACCCGAAUGUUGAUCUCAUUCGAAACUCCGCUCGUCUGUUCCUCAGAAACCUUGCAUACGACACCACCGAAGCGGAUCUUCAGCCAAUUUUCGAGCGCUUCGGAAAACUUGAAGAGAUUCAUGUUGCUUUUGAUACUCGCUCUACAACCAGCAAAGGCUUCGCCUACGUGCAAUAUUCCGAUGCUGAUGCGGCCAUUGAUGCUUACCAACAACUCGAUGGAAAGCAUUUCCAAGGUCGUCUUCUUCACAUUUUGCCAGCUUCUGCCAAAAAGACCUAUAAGAUCGAUGAGUAUGAGCUGUCAAAGCUUCCGUUGAAGAAGCAAAGAGAGAUAAAGCGGAAACAAAAUUCCUCUUCUUCCACAUUUAGCUGGAACUCCUUGUACAUGAACGCCGAUGCUGUCAUGUCCUCAGUCGCUGGAAGGCUCGGAGUCUCCAAAUCCGAUUUACUUGAUCCCACCUCCUCGGACGCAGCUGUAAAGCAAGCUCAUGCUGAAACGCAUGUCAUACAAGAAACGAAGGCUUACUUUGCUUCUAACGGAGUGAAUAUCGAUGCUUUCAAGCAGCGUGAACGUGGGAAUACGGCUAUCUUGAUCAAGAACUUUUCCUACGGUGUCAGAGCAGAGGAGCUCAAGAAUCUGUUCGAGCCAUAUGGCAAGAUUACGCGAAUGCUCAUGCCACCUAGUGGUACCAUUGCGAUCGUGGAGUUUGCGCUUCCAGGCGAAGCCCAAAAGGCUUUCAAGGGUAUGGCAUACCGCAAGUUGGGUGAUUCCAUCUUGUUCCUGGAGAAAGCACCUAAGAACUUGUUCGAAGGUGCCGCACCUCCACGUCCCCUCAUACAAGAGGCUCGAGGCAAGGAUUCAGGAUUCUCGACGGCCGACACCUUUGCUGCCGAUGAGGCUGAUGACGGUGUGGCAACCACGACGCUGUUUGUCAAGAACCUGGACUUCUCAACAUCAAACCAGAAGUUCCUCGAAGUCUUCCGACCUCUGGACGGCUUCCUCACCGGUCGCAUCAAGACCAAACCCGAUCCCAAGCGGCCAGGACAGACCCUCAGCAUGGGCUUCGGUUUUGUGGAAUUCAAAACCAAAGCUCAGGCCCAGGCUGCUCUUUCAGCUAUGAAUGGUUACAAGCUUGAUCAGCAUGAGCUUGUCAUCCGCGCAUCUCACAAGGGCAAGGAUGCUGCCGAGGAACGCAGAAACCAAGACAAUUCAAAGAAGGCUGCGGCGCGGAGAACCAAGAUCAUCAUCAAGAACUUGCCGUUCCAGGCCACAAAGAAGGACAUUCGAUCCCUAUUCGGGGCUUAUGGUCAACUUCGCUCUGUCCGUGUUCCUCAGAAGUUUGAUCGGACGGCUCGUGGUUUCGGUUUUGCGGACUUCGUAAGCGCUCGCGAAGCGGAAAAUGCCAUGGAUGCUUUGAAAAACACCCAUUUGUUGGGCAGAAGAUUGGUAUUGGAAUUCGUGAACGAGGAGGCUGUCGAUCCCGAGGAGGAACUCGCUCGCUUAGAGAAGAAGGUAGGAGAGCAGGUGGACAGGGUCAAGCUCCAACAGCUUACAUCUGGCGCCGGGCGCAAAAAAUUCACUGUAGGAGGGCAGGAGGAAGAGUAG